AUGGACCGCAAACGGAGCGCCAGUUACGCCCUUGAUGAAAAGCCGACGGAGAGCAUAACAGACACCUCACCGGCAACUGCACAGACACACAUGCCGAACGCUUCUGGAGACGGCGCCACUCCUGAAGAUGUGGUCCGCGAAACGCAAGCGUCCGACCUCUCGCGUCGGAGUUCGGACCAUCUGCCCCAGUCACAGCAGCAGCAAUCAGGUGCAGCAGCAGCUCCCGAUGCUGCUCAGGUUAGUAGCCAGCAGUCCGAUCAGAGACAGCAGCAGGAACACGAUUUAGGGGAUGUAGAGCAGCGGCGUGCCAUGGAGUUGCUUCGGUCUGUGGACGACGACGCCGAUAACGGAGGGACAGUAAUUGUCUGCUCGGCCCCGGAUGCAGACGGCGAAAAGGGCAACUCUGGCGCAGUAUUUGCUUCUCCUACUGACGCUUCUCCCGAUGAUCAACAACAAUUAGCAUAUCCGGCCCUCAGCUCAGAGGGCAACGCCGCGGGAACUACAGAACAUGUCGAAAAAGUGGAUAAUUUGAGUGCGGACGAUUCCUACAUAGCUCAGCUAACCAUGAGGGCCCAAGAGAAUGAACGCGAGGAUGUGCUGAAGGAGCUGGCGUCUUACCCAGAGCUAGAAUUUUUGAGACGUGAAUACGAGAAGCUUCAUCAGGCACUUAAAGCCUCUCAGAAAAAUGAACUGGAGCUCAAGGCAAAAUGUAUGGAUCUGAGCACCGCUCUACAAGCUAACGCGUUGCAGGUGCACGCAGCGCUUAAAGAAGCCAGUGGAGAAGAGGAAACAAUCAAGAGACUGAAACGAGACUUAAGCGCCUCCUUGAUAGAGGUUGCUAACGGAAAGGCGCGGGAGGCUGCGGAGACAAAGGCAGCCAAUCAACUUCGUUUGCAGAUCGAAGAACUCUACAAGAGGAUAGACGAAGAAGAACAACGUUCUCUACAACAAAAUGCCCGGUUGAACGAACUGCUGCAAGAGCGAGACAAACUACAGUCAAGUCUGCAGGAGCUGUACACUACUCAGGAGCAGUUGCAAGAUCGGCGCGCUGCUGCUGAUGAGGAGGCAAAGAAGAGGGAGAGGCUGGAAAGACAGCUUAAACAGAACAAGUAA